UCCCUGGGUGUGGGUCUGUUUUCCUCCCCCCUUCCCCCCCGUAGACCGUUGCCGCCGUUAGCGCAGAUACAUACCAUUCGCCAUCAUCGCAAACCAUGUCGCAAAUUGACACGGAUGUAAUCUGGUCCGUAAGGAACGGAGAAUUAGAGGAAGUGAAGAACUUCGUGGCAAAGGGGGCAGAUGUGAACAAGAUUGUAGUAGCUGGUCGAAAGCCCAUCCACUUUGCAGCAGACAGUGGUCAGCUUGAUGUGCUGGAGUUCCUGAUUCAUGCGGGAGCAGAUAUUAAUACUCCAGAUGCAAAUGGUUUUACAGCACUUAUGUCAGCUGUUUGCGAGGGACAUUUAGACUGUGUAAGAUUGCUGCUAUCCAAGGGUGCUGAUAAAACUGUAAAGUUCCCUGAAGGACACAGCUGCUCUGAAGUUGCUGCAACUCCUGAAAUGAAAGAACUUUUCAAUUGACGGUUGUCUUGCUUUGUUGUGGCCUUGUGCUGCCUCAUCUCAUUGUUCUCUUCUUCCUUCUCACUCACUUCUUUUGCUUCCAGUUGCACCUUUUAAUUCUGACUAAACAAACAAGUUUGUAGCAUGUUUUUGUACGGUUACAGACAUCUUUAGUUAACAUGAAUAUCAGAGUUCUUGCGGUGUACAAUGGACUGAUCAUAACCUUGAUUUGGGAUAGUUCAACACAAAAAUAAAUUGCUGCAACUAUUGAAAGCUGUUAAUAUCACGAUUAUUCAGCAAAUCCCAUUUUCCUGAGUUAAGUUAGCUCAGGCUUGAGUUUCUAUAUUGUGGACCAUAAAGUGAAGAAGAAAUCCUUUAAGUGAUUAUGCUGAAAACUUAUCUAGAGAGUAAGCAGAGAUUUAUUGUGUUGCCCUUCUAUAGCACCCUAAGCAUUGGUGCCUUAUUUCCAGCUUUUGAGAAAUUGACAAUGAUGGAGCCUCAUUGUUUUGACGAAAACUUCCAAAUGUUUUGUUUAAUGAUUAUCAUGUGAACUAUACUGAUUCUUCAGUGUCAUAAAUAAAACAGUUCUAAGUAUAAUCGUGAUAACAAUUGGAUAACUGAGUGAUGAGCUGCCACUAUUCCUGUUGCCUAAUCAAUGACUUGAGAAAUCUGUUUUAAUAAAAUAAAGGUGUGCAAA